AUGUCCGCGCUGCGUCUCGCCUUGUGGCGCAAGCCCCUGCGCCCCGCGUCGUUGCCGCCCCACGACAAUGGCACGACGACGACCGCCGCGGCUACGACCGCCGUCGAGAUGCGCCGCACGCUCGGCCUCUUCGACCUCCUCAUGGUCGGCAUCGGCGGCACCGUCGGCUCGGGCGUCUUUGCCAUUGCCGGGCUCAUUGCCAGUCGCUACGCAGGGCCCGCCGCAACGCUGUCGUGGCUCCUCGCGGGCCUCGGCUGCCUCUUGAGCGGCCUGAGCUUCAUGGAGCUCGCGUGCCUCAUUCCGUCGUCCGGCAGCACGUACGCCUACGCCUACCACGCCCUGGGCGAGUUGCCGGCGCUCCUCGCCGGCUUUCUCUUGACGCUCGAGUACGGCGUGUCGAGCGCCGGCGGGGCGCGCAGCUGGAGCGCCAAGGUGUCGCACUUAAUCGAAUCGUACUUUAGCGGAGAUCCACCAGUGUGGCUCACCCGCAUGUCGUCGUCGCCGGACUCGGUCGUCGACGUCUACGCCGGGCUCCUGGUCGCCACGUGCAUGACCGUCGGGCUCUGCGGCAUGGACGCCAACAAACUGCUCGUGAACGUCGUGACCAUGACGAAGAUUGCGGUCGUGGUCUUCAUCAUCGUCGUGGGGCUCUGGCACUGCCGCGCGACGAACCUCGUGCCCUUUGUGCCCGACGCGCAGCCCACGGGCACGAGUCCGGACAGCGCCGUCGCCUCGCCCGCCGUCGCGUUCGGCUGGCCCGGCGUGCUGGUCGGCGCGUCGGCGAGUUUCUUCGGCUACAUUGGCUACGACGAAGUCUGUUGCCUCGCAGCCGAAGCAAAGGACCCGGCCACGAACAUUCCCCGCGCGAUCGUCGGCACGAUCCUGGGCGCCGCGACGUUGAGCGUGCUCGCGACGUUGGCGCUCGUGGGCAUGCAAAAGUACACGGCCAUUGACGCCGACGAAGCCUUUGGCGCGGCGUUCACGAGCGUAGGCCUCGACUGGGCCGCGUCGUUUGUUGCCGUGGGCGAAGUGCUGACGAUGCCCAUCACGUCGUUCAUUGCGUUCCUCGCGCAGCCGCGGGUGCUCUAUGCCAUGGCACAAGAUGGCCUGCUGCCCAAAGUGUUUGCCGACGUGGACGCACACGGCACGCUGUUUCGCGGCACGCUGUUGAGUGGACUGGGCGCGACAGUGCUCGCUGUCUUUGUGCCUUUUCACGUGCUCUGGAACGUCAUAUCGCUCGGUAUUCUCGUGGCAUUUAACUUUACCAACAGCUCGUUGCUCUUGGUUCGCACGGCAAAGAGCGCUGGCGUGCCGACCACGGACCUCGAGGCGGCGCAGGCAGCAUGGCCGGCCAAGGCUUCGCCUGGUGCGCUGAUUGGGGCAUUCUUUGUUGUCUCGUUCCUAGCCGCGUUUCACUGGCAAAAAGGUGUGGUUGCGAGCGCCUCGCUCUCGGCUGCGACCAAUGCUCCAAUGUUUGAUCGCUAUAUGCGGGCAGUGGGGCCCUUUGCGGCUGCUCUCUUCACCAUAGUCGCUAUUGCACUCACAUUUGCACUGAGCGACAUUGAAAUGACGCAAAGCGUUGCUUCGAAGGCACGUCCAGACGCUCACGCCCAGGAUUCUGUGGCGACUGAUGUACCUUUGGAGAAACGUCAAGCGUUAUUUGGAACAGAUCAACGCAAGUGUCGUCAUGAGAGCGGCUCUUUCGAUCGAGUAUGUGGUGAGGACGACGUGAAGAUGGAAGACAGUGAUAUUAAGUCCGAAGUUGAGCUAUCUGAAUCAAUUUGUUGUCCCGAGCAAGAUCAAUCGCUUUGUAGUGGGGCCACAGAGGACAGCAGUGAAAGCAGUGGACACAUGGUUCCGUCGUUGAAAGCAGGACGCGAAGAAGACAAAGCUGAUGAAGCAGCGUCGACGUUCCGAGCACCGUUCGUGCCGUUCACACCGUGUGUCGCCAUCUUUUUCAACUGGUUCUUGUUUGCUCAAAUGGACGGCACGACCGUUCUGCUUGUCGUACUCUGGCUGCUGCUAGCCGUGGCUGUGUACUUUGGAUACAGCCGCCACCACAGCUUGGCCUUCCAGCAGACCCAGUACCAUCGACUUGCGCUGCAGGAGAAGCCAUGA